CCAAACAACUUUGUCUCACCUUUUUCCUCGUUCUCACGGGAUCUUUUUACCUCAAUUUUCCUUCUCCUGGCACAAGAGACACUUCAUUUAACUUUCCUUUACAUAUAGACAUUGGCCCAUUUUUUCUCUUUACAAGUCGAUCAAAAGCUGUAGACGAGAAUGACAGACUUUGGUAGAGACGAUAUAAAGAUCGUGAGCUCAACGCCACGUAAAGAAAGCCCGCGAAAACUCGCAUUAGAUGUGGAACAACUCGACGAUAGUGGUAUCUCUGGACGAUCUAGCGAUGAUUCAGCUAUGACUGACCAAUUGGAGAUGUCUGGAGUAUCAAGUUCCAAAAAGGCUUUACAACCUAUCAGUCCAGAUGACAGUCCAGACUUAGGCGGCAGAAAGACAGUGAUACACUUCCAAAACUUCCCUGAAAUGAGCAAGUGGAGUGAAAUAUGGCAGAGACACCACUUCAAUAUCACCUUCCUCAUAAUAACAACGCUUCUCUUGAUAUAUACCAUUAUUGCUAUUGUUAUCAGCGGUUUUGAGAAAGUCAAGAUUCUCUUUGGUGUCACAUUGUUCUUGUGGUUCUGCUUGAUUUAUAUGUUCAUCAGAGAGCAUUUUGGGUCUGGAAUUUACCACUAUUGUAUACAACCAACAGUAGCAGCUAUUGACAGUCAGUGGAAGUGGUUGAAAUGGGUUUGCUUGGUUGUCCUGCUAGUACUCAUUGGAUUGUUCCUUGGUCUUGAUACAGCUAAAGAACCAGAAAGAUUCAUAUCUGUUGCUGGACUCUUUAUGAACAUCUUCAUUUGUUGGCUACUCUCUGCUAAAAGACGCAAGGUUAAAUGGCGUCCAGUUAUCUGGGGACUCGCUUUACAGUUCAUCUUUGGCCUGCUGAUUCUUCGCACCAGUGCUGGCUUUUCUACAUUCAAGUUCCUUGGGGAUACUGUUCAAGUAUUUCUGGAUUACACAAAUGAUGGUGCAAAGUUUGUCUUUGGUGAUUUAUACAUGAAUCACUUCUUUGCUUUUAAGGUUCUUCCAGUAGUAAUUUUCUUCAGUUCCUUUAUCUCUGUGUGCUAUUACUGUGGUCUAAUGCAAGUCAUUAUCAAGAAAGUUGCAUGGCUUAUGCAAAUUACUAUGAAAACCUCUGGUGUUGAGUCAUUAAAUGCUGCUGGAAACAUCUUUAUUGGCCAGACGGAGGCACCUCUUUUAGUACGACCAUUCCUGAGUCAUGUUACACUGUCUGAAUUACAUGCUAUAAUGACUGGAGGUUUUGCAACCAUUGCUGGAGGCGUCUUGGCUGCAUAUAUCGAGUUUGGAGUAUCUGCAUCACAUCUACUUAGUGCAUCUGUCAUGUCUGCCCCUGCUGCUCUUGCUAUCUCAAAACUGCUUUAUCCUGAGACAGAAAUUCCAGAAUCACUUGAUGACGAUAUUGAACUUCCACAGGGCGAAGAACGUAAUAUUAUAGAAGCAGCUGCAAAAGGUGCCAGUACAGCUAUCUCACUAGUUGCUAACAUUGCUGCCAACUUAAUUGCAUUCCUUGCAUUUUUGUCAUUCUUCAAUGCUCUUCUUUCCUGGUUCUUCUCAAUGGUUGGUCAUCCUGAGGUCAAAUUUGAGUUUAUCUGUUCCUAUCUCCUGCGUCCUUUUGCCUUCAUGAUGGGAGUCAGAUGGCAAGACUGUGAUGUCGUAGCAGAGUUGCUUGGUAUUAAAACGUUUUUAAAUGAGUUUGUUGCUUAUAUCAGACUCUCAGGGUUUAUUAAAAACAGAAGAGAGAUGUUGGAUGCCCGUACCAUCUCCGUGAGAUCUGAAAUUCUAGCAACCUAUGCGCUCUGUGGGUUCUCCAACUUUAGCUCAAUCGGAAUUCAGCUGGGUGGACUUGGGCCUAUGGCUCCUACUCGGAUAAGUGACAUGGCCAAGAUUGCAUUGCGUGCUCUGUUAGCUGGAACUAUUGCCUGCUUGAUGACAGCUUGUAUUGCUGGAAUCCUAUAUGAUGAAAGCAUGUAUGAAGGACGACACCCUAUAAAUGCAACUAUUGCCACACCUACUGUAUUUAAUUCUACACUUUUAUCUACACUUAUCACACCUACCAAUUCAACAGCAUAAAGAAAAACACUUUUACCUACAACAAAACCAUGGACAUGAUCUACUUUGAUUACCAGAAUAAUCCUUGUAUUGUAUCCUAACUGUAUUGCUACCUUAAAAUGGUAAAAGAAUGCAAAACCUUACUGUCAGUAGCAUCAAUACUUGGAAAUACUAGGACUAUUAAGAAAUGAGAUUACUAUUUUCAAAAUAAUAGGUACAAUAUAUCUUAAGUGGGACUUGUUUAGUGUUUCAAAGAUAAAAAGUAGGGCAAUAUCAUGUAUUCUCUCAAAAUAGUUUUUUAUUCUGUGAAACUAGGGUUACUAAUAAUAAUCCACCAACUCAACAUUUCCAAACACCCAAGACAGCAUUUCCAGGAAGAAUAUUUAAUAGCCAACAAUUCUACAAUUCUUUUAGAAUAAACAUAUUGUACAGUUGUUGGCUAUUAAAUUGUAAUUACAAUGAGCAUUCACAAAAAAAAGAUGUAAUUUUACCAGGGAGAUAGGAGUUGCUUUUCCAAGUAUUGCAUUUUAUUUAGUUAUGGAUACGCUAGAUAAAUUUCUUUAAAGGAUGAUUUCAUUGGUAUAAUCCUUGCACUUUAAAUGUAAAUAUAUAUUUUUUAAAAAGUCGAGGGUACAGAUUGAUUUAAGUACCAGUUACUUAGUUAAAUUUUAGCACAGAUUCAAGUGAAACUCAUGUACCAAACCUUAUACACAACAAAAGAACAAAAAACAAUUGCAGUUGGCUGAUAAUGAAUUAUGACUUACAUUUGUUCAGCACAUUAUAAAACAUACUAGGUUUGACACAAAGAGGGCAUGACAAGAAAGUGUGAUUAAUCUUAUUUAUUAACCUACAUUAUUAUAGUUUUGUUAUUCUAUUUGCAUGGAAUUAAUGGGAUUUGGGAGGGAAUAGAAGCACUGAGGUUUCAUAAUUAUGAAGAUGAAUUUUGGGAUAUUUUGAUGCAGAACUGAUUUGACUUAAUAUGGUUUAAUACUAUUGUAGAUUUUUGCUCUUGAUAUCAAUGUGAUAUUAAUCAUCAUUUGUAAGUAGCUGUCAAAGUAUUUAGAUAUCUAUUUAUCUGAUAAUUCACUAAUCUAAUUGUAUUAUUGCAAUAAGAGUGGGUGUGACUUCAAAAUAAUCAAAAUAACUUAUCAAUGUAGCUGAUAACGUUGUAACAUGUAAAGAUAAUUCAAAGUAUAUUUUAGUAGCACUAUUUCAUACAAAUAUUGCUAAUGAAAAUAUACAAUUAUUAAGUAUUAUAGACCCAAUAAUAAUUGUAAUAGAUUAUAAAGUAAUUUUGACUGUAUUUUGUGAUUAAGAAUUUUUAUACGUAAAACAGUACCUUAGCUUGUACCAUGUAUUUAUCAUUCAUUUUGAGGAAAAUAAAAUUUAAUAGAGUCA